CUUCCAUCUAUGGGCAGCUCCAAUUGGCAUGUGCUAAAGCGGCGUACUGUUACUUAGCUCACUAGGGUCGCAAUCCCCAAUUCUCGGUCUAAUAACGGCUGUAAGAUACGGACUGUUAUUCAUCCGUUGUUUUCAGACUGUACUGCUCGUUUGAUUAUAUAAAGUGGUAUCAAGUCCGUCUUCGCUUCAGUUUGAUUACCUAGGUUCAUCUCUGCCCCCUUGGCAAACUCGCCCAGCAGGUCUCGGACACGAAGCCAUGCAGUUCAAAUACCUCCUCACUGGGGCUCUCCUUCCCCUGGGCCUCUUGGCAAGUCCCACGCCGGAAACAGAGGCCUCGCCCGAUGCCUUUAACAGCGUCAAUCAGUCCCUGAACCCCCGGGAGUUCACCCGCCCUCAGGAAUGCAAGAUUAUCGGCAGCUCCACGACCGUGAACUGCCGCAGGGGCCCCGGCACAAAAUAUAGUGUCGAGCGCACACUGCGUGUGGGCACCACAUACGACUUCUGGUGUGUUCGCACUGGAGAGUGCGUUACUAUCAACGGUUUUCGAAACUGCGGCUGGGACUACUCGAGGCAGCUCGGCUGCUAUGUUAGCGGGCACUAUACGAGCUCUGCGUGCUCUCUUGCUGGGCUUGGCGGGUGCGGUGGUGCCGACGACGAAGACGCUGCAGGCCCAUUCAGCUGAAAGACCAAGCUCGUAUGCGAAUAUCCAGGGAGCUACACUCUAGUUGGCAUGUCCUUUGCCAAGAGGGGGUUGGCGUUAAUCGUGGAUGGAAAUGUGAAUAGGUGAACUUGAAACCAUGCCAGGAACAUUGGGUCGCUUGUAUAGGCCUGUUUAACGCUAUUAGUAUCCUGUCACAUUUUCCUGUUCCGUGGUCUUGACCAUUCCAUGAAAAGCGUUGUCAAAUCUGGUGUCAGUGAGACACCGAUCAUUACAGGCGCCGUAAGCUGUUGGGUCCGGCUUCCUUUCCAGUCCUCCGACCUAUUGAUUUGUCGCUUCACAUUCUUGAAAGCUACUUAGUCAGUUUCAAGUCAACUCUUCUCCCUUUAUAGUACUCAACGCCAACGUCGCUUUGACAGGAUUCAAAAUUUACG